AAUUCUGAAUUCUCUGACCAUCUGACUUCCUUCACCGCAAUUUCUUAAUGCUUUUAAUCUCUCUUCACUGACAACUCACUCACAAGCCUCGCCUUACAUAUCUGUCCCGAAUUUUGCCAGAAGACAGACUGACCCAUUCAUUUUCUUCCUCCCCACCCUUUGGCCUUCACCGAAGGAAUCCAAGGAAAUCUUUCUUUGAGAACAAAAUUCUUAGAGAAGGGGAAAAAAAGGGAUGAGGGACUGCAAGAUUUUUUGUUCUCUCAUUAGCAGUUGCAUUCUUCUUGUUUCUGUUCUCAAUGGAGCAAAUGCUGAUAACCCAUAUAGGUUCUACACUUGGAAAAUCACUUAUGGUGAUAUCUACCCAUUGGGUGUCAAACAACAGGGAAUCUUGAUAAAUGGGCAGUUUCCAGGGCCACACAUUGACUGUGUCACCAAUGAUAACUUGAUUAUCAGUGUUUACAACUACUUGAACGAGCCUUUCCUUAUUUCUUGGAAUGGCAUACAGCAUAGGAAAAACUCGUGGCAGGAUGGAGUUCAAGGCACCACCUGCCCAAUACCGCCAGGGAAAAACUUCACUUACAUACUACAGGCAAAGGACCAGAUAGGUACCUAUUUCUACUUUCCAUCGCUUGGGCUCCAUAAGGCUGCAGGAGGUUUUGGUUCAAUAAAAAUUUAUAGCCGUCCUCAGAUACCGGUACCAUUCCCUCCCCCUGCUGGUGAUUUUAUUGUACUAGCUGGGGAUUGGUUCAAGAAAAGUCACCGACAAUUAAGGUAUAUCUUGGAUAGCGGUCACAGUCUCCCCUUCCCGGAUGGGCUUCUGAUUAAUGGUCGCGGAUGGAAUGGUUACACAUUUACAGUUGAGCAAGGUAAAACAUACCGGUUUAGAAUAUCAAAUGUUGGGAUUGCUACUUCCAUUAACUUCAGAAUCCAGGGACAUUCAAUGAAACUGGUGGAGGUUGAAGGAUCUCAUACGCUCCAAAACUACUACACCUCCCUUGACAUUCAUCUUGGGCAGUCCUGUUCUGUCCUAGUCACAGCAAACCAGCCUGCAAGGGAUUACUAUAUUGUAGUUUCUUCACGUUUUACUUCUCGUGUGCUCACAACUACUGCUGUUCUCCACUAUAAGAACUCAUUUACCAGAGUUUCUGGUCCUCCCCCUGGAGGACCUACAAUUGAUAUUGCAUCGUCCCUGAGCCAGGCUCGCUCCAUACGCUGGAACUUAACAGCAAGUGCACCAAGACCUAAUCCACAAGGUUCUUACCACUAUGGACUGAUCAAGCCUUCACGCACAAUCAUUCUUGCAAACUCUGCACCAUACAUAAAUGGGAAGCUGAGAUAUGCUGUCAACAGUGUCUCAUAUGUUCCUGCAGAUACUCCUCUGAAGUUGGCUGAUUACUUCAAGAUUGGGGGAGUCUUCAAUCUUGGGAGCAUGCCUGAUAAACCUUCCUGGGGCAAUGCCUAUUUUGCAACUGCCGUAAUGCAUGCAGAUUACAGAGCUUUUAUUGAGAUUGUGUUCCAAAACUGGGAGAACACUGUCCAGUCAUGGCAUAUAGAUGGCUUCAAUUUCUUCGUUGUGGGUAUGGAUGGUGGGCAGUGGACACCAGCAAGUAGAUCAAAAUACAAUUUGAGAGACACAGUUUCUCGAUGUACCACUCAGGUAUAUCCCAGAUCAUGGACUGCAAUUUACCUGGCUUUGGACAAUGUGGGCAUGUGGAACAUUAGGUCUGAGAACUGGGAAAGGCAAUACUUAGGUCAGCAGUUCUAUCUCAGAGUUUAUACUCCUUCAAAUUCAUUGAGAGAUGAAUAUCCAAUCCCAAGGAAUGCCCUUCUUUGUGGCCGAGCAUCAGGCCGCCACACUAGACCUCUUUUUUGAAGCUGCGCAGGUCUUCAGAAAACCAGUCACGAGAGGGUGACUACUAUUGUUGUUGCAAUAUUAAUUCAUCAGCUUCACUCAAGCUAUGUAUCAGGUUUAUUCCUGCCCUAGCAUUUCCUCAAUUCUUGGAAAAUUUUGGAAUUUAUUCCUUGACAAUUUUCAGUAGAAGGUUAUUACUUCUUGGUC